CACAUUCAAAAAGAGAGGAAUAGAGACUUGUUGAACACCCUUUGCAGCCCAAGGAGAGUGAUCUUGAGACAUCUUUGAGUCGAGUCUCUAUAAUGGUCAAGAGAGGGCACAAGAUCCACACAGAGACAUCAAAGCCAAUUCAACCUCAAUCUUCGUCGCCAGCAGCAUCAGAUGGGAAAAAGAAGUACAAGGGAGUGAGAAUGAGAAGCUGGGGUUCAUGGGUUUCAGAGAUCAGAGCACCAAACCAGAAAACAAGAAUAUGGUUGGGGUCUUAUUCAACCCCCGAGGCUGCCGCUCGAGCCUACGAUGCUGCACUUCUAUGCCUUAAGGGUUCUUCAGCAAAUCUCAACUUCCCUUCAAGUUCUUCACACUAUAUUCCUCAGGAUACCGUUAUGUCUCCAAAAUCAAUACAAAGAGUUGCUGCAGCGGCUGCUAAUAGCUUUGCUGACAAUGCCACAACCCCACCUUCGCCUCCCCCUGCCUCUGCCUCGACCUCAUCUUCCUCAAUCGUCUCGUCCCCAUCAAUGUCCUCCGAUCAAAUCGAUGACGAUGUCUCACUGUCAUUUGGCGCCUACACUAGCUGUGAUCAGACUGGUGAACCAGUCUCUUUGAUGGACUCUUAUUGGUAUAGCUUUGAUGAUUUACAAUCCCCAAAGUAUGUAAAUCAAAUGCUCGGUGGUAAUUUGUUUGAUAUUGAUCCCACACAGCUGCUGGAUGAUUGUUGCGAAGAAAGUGAUAUUCGUUUGUGGAGCUUCUGCUGAGAUAUAUAUAUGCAGGCCAAAACCCAAUUCUUUUUCCUUACAGAUUCAUAUUCGUUUGCCUCCAAUGCUACAUGUUGAAGAUACAUAUAUUACUGACUGACCAAGUUUAAAAUUCUCAUUUAUCUAUACAUAAAUGGUUCCUAUAUGUGCAUGUUAGAAGAAGAAAUUCAUUGAGACAAGACAAAUUUUUUGGCCUACUCUCUGAAGUGAAUUUCUGAACAUCUGAAAUUAUGUACCAUUGAUGCAAAGCUCUAUCAUGUUUAUGUUAUAAAUAUCCUUUCCAUGUGUAGCAGAAUAUAUUCAUCAAUGU